CUUCUACGGAGAUCCGAGUCGAGCUGGAGGCGGGAGUACAUCGUGCGCUAUAACUUGCGACGACGAUGGGAACGUUCCCGGACAGCAACAAUCAUUCAUACACCUGUCAUUUCACCGAUAACGAAGAUACACCUUCUGUCAUCCAAUACACUGUUGUCGUCCUCUUUGAAGUACGGAAUCGUCGCUCGUUCGGUACCUUUGACAGGGAAAAUCUUACGAGGAUUCCUCUCCCCCUCUCCCUCCGGGACUGGAUUAGGCAUUGGUAAUCCCAAUACCGAGUUCUCACCUAAUGUAUCGGCAUGUGACAUCACUUCAGAUGGUGGAACCGCCAAGAUUGUCUGGGGGUUCAGAAGUGGAGAAGUCGCCGUGAUGAUAGCUUCUAGAGUGAUGGAUAUGGGGAUGCGGUCAGCAGCGAAAUUAAUAAGAUGCCCCGUCGAACACGAACACGCCGGGGAGGUCACUGAUGUCGUAUGGGACGAUCUUGCUGGUGUUGUCAUCAGCGCCAGCAAAGACGGCACGGUCAAAGUGUGGGAGACCAAAAAAGUCCAUUGUGUCUGGAGUUCGGCCUCGAAGAUCGGGAUAGCAGACCCGUGCAUGAAGGUGGUCUCCAAGCUCUCAAAAGGAUGCAUAUUGGCCGGCUUCCAGAGUGGCGACAUUGUCGUCUGGACUGGAUAUGAACGUGACGGUACCGUCGUGAAUGACGUACACGAAACAAGGAUCCCUUGUCCCGUCGAAAUGACAUCAGACGAGCCAAUGGCAUUCCCAACUAUCUCGGGUAUUCAUGUUGACGCAUGUGACCCGCAGGCUAUUGCUUUGCUUGUUACGUAUGAAGCACAACCGUACUUCUAUCGAAUCUCACUCGCCCCUACUCUGGAAGUCACCAAAUACGGUGACUCUUCGUGUGGUGCCAUAACCGCUUUAUUUUCCUCAUUCACAUCAAAACCCAACGAGUCUAGCUUCAUUGUUGUCGGUGAUAUUAUGGGGUGGAUUGGUGUCUAUGACUGGAAUUCUACGUCUCGUCAACCUGUCAGGAGAUUUGAGGCACACAGCGACGGAUCCGCCGUAACAGCCUUGGCCUGGAACGGAGUUACACUUGUUGUUGGGUCUGCAAGGGGUCAGGUCGAUGUUUUUGACGCCUACACCUUCGAGCGCCUGAGAACAUUUUUGGCCCCAGUCAAUCGCCGAGGGGAACAAAGUGCGAUCGUUCAGGAUAUUACAGUCAGUCCCGAAAAAGACGUCCUCAUUGUCAGUCUGGGUGAUAGAGUUAUGGCUUGGAAGGCUGGUGUUGUUCCGAGAAACGGAGGUGGAGGCGUGAGAGCCAGGAAUACGACUGGGAAGAAGAGAUCCAAGGGUGUGACCAGUUCCAAGGGGCAUGCACAACUCGACCUGAAAGCCAGCGUAUCUGAAUCACUCGCGCUUCUUAAACAGGAACAAGAACGAGCUCGACAAGCUCACAGCAGAGAACGCAAGCAGAGAGAAAACUUAGAAAACUUGGGUCUAAGCGAAGUUGAGGCUAUCGAGUAUCUGCUCAUGUUAAGCCGAGAUGAGCAUGCAGAAAAGGAAAGGGAGAUGAUGGAUUCCUCUGCCCGUGUGGAAGAAGGCAUAUUUGAAUGGGAUGUGGAUGAUAAUCCGCGCCCCGGUACAUCAGCUCUUGCUCGUCGUCAAUCUGCAACACCCUUUUCACCCUCAGAUCAG